AUGCGCCCGCCGCGCCGGCAGACUGUUGGAUGGCCACAGUCGCGAACGUGGGUGAAGUCGUGCGGCGCAGAGACCAGCUCAUUCGCCGUCGCCGGUCCCUCGAUCACGGGCGCCGUCGCCGGGCUUGCUGACCCGCUAUGCGACUCAUAUGAUAAUCAUAUAUGCUACGACGUCGACGAGACAUAUGCCACCCCCGUGCCAUUCUCUUCUCCUCGCGCCCUCUUAUCAAACGGCAACGCGGCAAAAAUGCCCGUCGCCGCUUCAAUUGGCCGCGCGGACGCGGACGACGCUUGCGUGGAUCAGGACGACGCUUGCGUGGAUCAGGAGAACCGCAGGCACUCGUCUCAGCCGAGGCUCUCUUUACCGAAGUCUCCGCCGCCGCCUGCAACACAGCCUUCGACCCAGCCAAAGUGGCUGUCCGAGAGGGCGCUACAGCUGCUUCGCGACUCGGCUGCCGCAGCCUCAAAGCCGGAGUCUGACGACUCCGAGUGCGGCGAGCCCUUCAGUGAGAUCGACGAGACUCCGCCCGCUGCUGGCGCAGCCGCAGCCGCCCACGCCGCCGCGCCGGGGGCGGAGUCGCUCGUGGACGAUGACGAGCCAUGUUCGUACCCCCUCGCGCGGUGCGCUGCCGCUGCAGUGGGCAGCCAGCCCGGCAGAGCGGUGUCCUUUGCGCUGGCCGUCGCGGUUCUUGGAUCCUUCCUCGGCGCGAUAGCUGCGGAUAGAUUCUUCGGAGCGGACGGAGCAGCCGGCUCCUGCGGCGAUGAGGCGCACGAGACCGAGCCGUCGCUCUGGCACUCUCUGGUCGCUCUACCCCUCUCUGGUCUCGCGGCGGUGCUCGGCCGCUACUCGAGGUGA